CAGUCGUCAUUGAUACAUGUGAAACAUCCAAUGUGCACUUAUUCAAUAACCUAUUGGCCAUCCAAGCUAAGAUUCUGAUUAUGGCAACAUGUUCCGAUGACGUCAUCAAUGGAUUAAACCUGGACAUCAACUCGCAAAUAUUCACCCUUACGAACGACAACCGAAUAACAGAGUUUUACAAAGUGUCACCGUCUCGCUUGAGCGUGAUAUCGAGAGUGAUUGGAAUAUUUGACCCCAACCAAGGCAUGAAUUGGACGACUCCUCGUUUAUGGGACAGAAGGGACAACCUAGAAGGCUUGAAUUUGAGAGCGGUUCAUUUUAAUGCCACUCACACUUUCCUCUUCGAUAUUAAACACGGUCAAGUCAAAGGUUACUUUGGUCAAAUUCUGACGCUAUUGAGCACUGAUUUGAACUUCACCUUUUCGUUACUCGAUCAAAAUACUUUAUACUAUCCCCAUCGAAGUGGAAGAAAUGUAAUUCAUGCUCUUUUGGAAGACGAUGCCGAUAUUGCGGUCGGGGAUGUUUCCAUUACCGCCGAACGAUCCGAACUGGUCGACUUCUUAGACUCCCUUUGGGAACAUCAGUUUCGGUUUGUCUAUCGAAAAUCUCCUCAGAUGGUUCAUUGGAUGGCUUAUGUCAAUGUAUUUACGUCGGAAAUCUGGAUUCUCGUUUUGUUUAUUUUGGUCAUCUUGGUUCUCCUGGUUCCCCUUACGACGAAUAUUCAUGGGACAUCCCAAUCGCAGAUCUUGGCCUUUUUCUACAGCGCUGCCUUGAACCGAGAUAUCCCCAUUCUACGCCCAAAAUCAAAAGUAGCACCAAUCUCAUUUCACAUGAUUCAAUUCACGGUUUUGGUAUUCUUUUACGUCAUUCUCGCCAUUUACAAUGCGAUCCUCACGUCGUCCUUAGCAAAUCCUGAUUUUAUUCCAGUAAGCAAGCUGGAAGACCUCCUUAAGCCCGAGAUAAAAUUGGGAAUCAUGAAAACCACUCAAACUUACCAUAGGCUUAGCAAUGCUCACCAUAGUUCAAUAUUGGGGCGGAUUUUUAGCGAAAAGAUCAAAGAUUCGUCAAACGCUGUUUAUGACAUGACAGGAGAGACUGGUCCUCGGAUGGGGUUAACACAAUUCACAAAGCUGGAAAUCGACCUUUUGGACCAGGGUUACUUGAUCAUGACAUCAGAAAUAAAAGCAUGGGAAUUGGUUUCCAACUUUUGUGAGUAUCGGAUAGCCCCGGUCAAUAACUUUUUGAAUGAUAAAAGCAGCAUGACCGUGCCUAAGAAUUCGCCCUUUGGGGGAUUGUUCAAUCAUUGGAUCAGACGAUACCAGGAAGCUGGACUCAUUGACAAAUAUAUUGAUGAUAUGCUGAAGGAACUGCAAAGUGAACCCCCAAACCAAUCUGAAUGCAUCUCCGAUCCAGAGUUGGGUUUUGAUCAGACCCUCUCCGUGUUUGUGAUUCUAAUGGUUGGCAUUGGUUUAGGAGGAAUCCUAGUUUUACUGGAAACUGCUAUAAACUGGACCAAUGGUAAUAACCACUGAGAUGCCAUUUGUUCUUGAUCGUCUCGUAACACUUAUAACUUUUUCCCGUUGGAUUCUACGACAAGGAAAGCAAUAUGAGGGCGGCCAGGUAUAAUGACAAUUUGACAAUCAUCAUUGGAAAACGAAUCAAUGAAACAUUAAAUUCAAAAUUAUACCCCUAAACAUAUGAGCCUUGCCCAUCUACCGCGACUCUCAAUAAACAAGUUUUACUCAUGUCCCACUAUUUAUGAUCACAAGAACGAUCCUGGUUUUAAAUGGCUUUUGGAUCAUUGUUUCUAUCUGGCGAAGUGUUGGAUGAUGCUUCUUGGUUGAUUAAUAAUCUGGACUUAAACGUGCGAUAUAUCCAACCACACAUUUGAAAGACCAUACCCACCUUCAAUUGGAUAUGCUCAUCGAACUUUCCAUUAUUUUGGAGUACUACACAUAGAUCUUUCAUAGAUGAGACCUGCUCAAUAUCUUUACCUCAAUUAUCUACGAGUGGAGUAUGCAAAGGAGUUGACCCAAACGUCAUUGAGCGGACUUUCAUUAAGUUCAGAGCCAUAUUGCUCUCAGUAACGCAAGAGCAGAUUGCUAUAUCUCAGUCUUUUGCCAGUCUGGUGGAAUCUUGGCCAUUCCUACCAGAAACUGACUUUGCAUCGUCGGCAUAAGAAGAGAGACUGGCAGUAAGUCUAAGCUUCUGAAGCGGAGCAAUGAAGAUGAUGAAGAGGAGGGGCCCUAAGAUGGAGCCCUGGGGAACACCCAACUUACCAUCAUGUAUGUCACAAAAGGAUCCCUCCACCUGAACAAUUUGCUUCCUAUCCUGAAUGAAGCUUCUGAUCCAAUUGAAAACCUUGCCUUGGAUUCCAAUAUCAUCAAAUCUGUUCAACAAAGGCCGAGACUUUGUCUUGCCUAUACCUCAAGCAGAUCCGGUGUGUCAUGAUCGAACAAGACGUAAUACUGUACUCCCAGUGUUUUCAUAGAUGAACUUAUCACCCGUCAUAAUUAGGCUUAAUUAGUAUGCAACAUUGUACUUAUU